AUGGACCCAAACCCAGUCAAGCCCUCUCCUCCUCCACAAGCCCCUCCUGCAGAAGAGCCUACAACAUGUCGAGAAUGUCGACGCCGCAAAGUGAAGUGCGAUGGUGUUAUGCCUGUCUGCUCAAUCUGUCGAAAACAACUUACCCUCCUAGAGGAGCGUCUUGAGAAGGCUGAAACAGUCUUGAGGCGUCAUUACACUGAUGGCCAGAUUGCUGAAAUGCUAGAAGGUCCAAAAGAAGGACUGGCAACUCAGAAUCAACAGGUACCAGCGGCGACGCCAGCAACUGCACCUGAAUCCGCGCCUACACCAGCACUAACCUUGGGGACAACGCCGGGGUUAGUCAGCUUGCCAAAUACAACCCCGACCCCGGGCAAUGUGGACAACCUCCUCCAGCUACCGAACCAGACACCUGAUUCUAGUGUUUAUAUGACAGGUACAGGAAAUGCGGGAACAUUCACUACGGAUCCCCUGCUUCUAGCACCCAUCGGUGAAUUAGAUGCAGCCCCUGGACUCUGGACUGCAUCACAAGACACUGCAUUCGAGGCCACUCCAGCUCCAGCUGACAACUUUGAGUGGAACGAGCAAGAGACAUCAUGGGGAACAUAUGAUCCUGCGACUUGGUCUAUAACAAACCAUGUUGACGGAAAUCCCCAAGCUAUCAUGGACGGCAUGGCCUCUCUCACCAUCGGGGAUCAAAAGAGAGGAUAUUACGGUGCUGCUUCUGGAUCCGCUCUCUUGCGUCAGAUCCUAUCUGCCCGUCCAGAUGGAGAAGAAGUUGACGCCGAAGUGGCACUGCAUGAGAUUGAGUCUCUAUUUCAACAACACUCUGAUCACUCGCAAUGGUUCCGUUCUCAAGCUAUGUUGACCAGAGUGGCCGUUGAAAACCUUAUCGACGCCUUCUUCGUCUUCUAUCACCCAACUUUUCCUAUCGUGCAUGAGCCCACUUUUCGAGCGCAGUAUGCCGGCACGCUUCCUUGUGCCAACAAAGGCCACUGGAACACGUUGGCAAACAUUCUCGCAGCCUUGGGAUCAUUUGCGAGCAGUAACGUUGCUGAUGCUACAGAUCUACCUAUCUUUCAGGCUGCACAAAAGAGCCUGUUUUCAAACUACCUUGAGGUUGGAAACCUAACUCUCGUGCAAGCUUUCAGUUUGUCAUCAAACUAUAUGCAAAAGCGGAACAAACCUAAUACCGGCUUCAACUACGGUGGUUUAGCUAUUCGACUGGCCAUUGGUCUAGGACUUCAUAAGGACUUGGAGGGGAAUAGUCUCUCUCCCUUACAGACAGAGACUCGACGCAGGAUAUGGUGGUGUCUAUGCGUCCUUGAUGUCGGCGCCACUAUCACAUAUGGCAGACCUUUGAACUGGCCUCAGGCUGGUGUUGAGACUGCAUUCCCUCUGAAUAUCCACGAAAAGGAUCUCACUCAAGACUCCACCCACUGCCCACCGGAAGUGGAAGGCAUCACGAUGUAUACCUAUAUCCGAGUUCAAUCGGCCUACCAUCUCAGCACCAUGACCGUCUAUAACCGUCUCAUCACCAGCCCCUUCCCAUCCGCCACGGAGCUGAUAACUCUGGACGAUGUCUGCAUUGGUUCUUGGCUGGCCCAAGUGCCGUAUUACUAUCUUGCCGUACCUCCUCCAGACUCCGAGUUCGCGCUCGGCAUGGGUAUUUCAGAGUGGCGUUACCGAAAUCUCAGAAUCGUCAUGUAUCGACCAUUCUUGGUUCGCUGGGCACGAUCAUCCGCGCAGAACGCGCAGCAAAAUUUGACAAGCAGCGAAAACCUCGCCGUCUUCAGAUGUCUGGAUGCUGCGAAAGAAUCAAUCACGCAUAUUCAAGGAUACUGGACAUCUCGGUCACAUUCAAGGCUCGCAGCCUUUUAUAUCCUGCAGAACCCCCAUCACGCAUUAGCACCCGACUGGCGCGCCCAGAUCCAGGCGUCUCUGUCCAUCAUGGGUGCCAUGGCAGAGCUCAACCCAAACAGCUCCAAGUGUCGCGAUAUCACUCUCAAGUUGUGCUGGCCACACCUGGAUGAAGAGGGUGCUCGCGCUUACCACGACAAUGCCCCGUUUGUUCCGAGUGUGGGAGACAGCGAGGCAGCUUCAAUAAUCAACGGUUACAAUACAUGGUGCGAGUCGAUGACGAACGCCGGGAUAUCGGUCCCAUACGACUGGGCGGACGAUAACGACUCGGCUCUCGGGUUCUUUUGA